AGACACCCUGCCGGAUGUUAUUAGGUGAGUGAAGCAAAAAUAGCCCUGACAAGUCUUUAGCUGUGACCAAGCCCCUCUCCACUUGGCUCUGUCAAUCAAAAGUCAAAACAAGAUGGCAGGCUGCGGGAGCUGGGUCUUCUUCUUAACAGUUUGUGCUGUCAGUUUGUUCGGGGCCAAUGCAGAGAUCAAAUUUACCAUUCCUGUUGGGAAGUUUUUUACAUAUGAGCUGAUGAGAGAGACUUUCCAGAGUGACUUUGAACCUUCGUCAAAACUCUACCGACGCCUACAGGAUGACCCCAUGACUUUUAAGUGCAACAGACAGAAAUACCCAGACCUCCCAGAGUGGUUGCGCUUCACCCAACGGCACCCCUAUGAUAACGGCUUCCUUUAUGGCACGCCGACAUCUCCAGGAAAAAGCAUAAUUGAGGUCUAUGCCAUCAACAAGCAGAGCUAUGAAACAGCCAGACAGAUUAUUGUAAUCAAAAUUGUUGCAGAGAAGAUGCUGCCCUAUCAGGCUGAGGUCUUCAUCAAGCUGAGGGAGAUUGAGAAGGUGCUGCCCUCUUCUGUUCAGGACGAGAUAAAGCAGGACUUACAGAAGCUGUGGGACACAGAGGCUUUGGAAAUUAUCAAUAUCACCAAUGCCCUCGACCGCGGCGGCAGAGUUCCCCUCCCUCUCGCAGGGCACUUUGAAGGUGUGUAUGUGAAGGUGGGGUCUGAGCAGUAUUUCUCAGACUGCCUCCUGAGGGUGCUGACACCAGAGUACCAGAGGCAGUGCACAGCAGGGGCCAAAGUCAAAGUCCCUGGAGGCUGUAACUUCUGCAGCAUCCCCAGCAACUGUAUCACCUGGUGCAAGACGGAGCUGUUCGAUCUGACAAAGCAGGAGCCGACCCCGCCGGCUCCCACCGUUGGCUCGGGGAUACUGGAGGCUGGAGGUGACUUCGACCCUCCUGAGUCUCCCCCAAGCAGAGACUAUUUCCCGGACUACAUCGUGACAGUGAUUGUGCCCCUGAUCCUCGCCAUCGUCCUGUGUCUGCUGCUGGCCUACAUCAUGUAUGGCAGACGAGAGGGAGUUGCAAAAAGGAAUGCAAGGACCAACCAAAUUCAGCUGUACCACCACCACACCAUUCACGGGAACACUGAUGAGCUGAGGAACAUGGCCGGAAACCGAGGUGUUCCUCCGCCUCUGUCCACGCUGCCCAUGUUCAACAGCCGGACCGGGGAGACAGCUCCACCCCUGCAGUCUGACAGCCCCAGCAUCCCCCUCAUCAUGGCUCAGCAUGAUCCCUACAGUGACACACUGCCCAGGAAAUAAGAACAACGAUGGAUAAAAAGUCAUUCACGCAGCCAUUUGCUGCCACAGUCUGUAAUUCUAUAUUUGCAGUGUGAAAUGAUGUUUUUUCUUCUUCAGGCUCCAUGAGAUUAAAUUAAUAGUGUGCUGUUUCUCAGAUUGUUAUUUGCCAUUUAGGAUUUUCUGUAUUCCACUUCCUUUCACUACUAAUAAAAAAUAUCAAAAACCA